UCCAUUUCUUAAAGACGAAGUUGCUCCGUCCUUCAGGAUUCCAAGCAAAUCUCUUGCUGGAUGGACUGGUAGCAUGUAUCUGCUUCAGCCAUGUCGUCAUGGACGGAACUGGGGUUGGCAUAUUAAUUGAGCUCUUGACCGAGUGCUGCUAUUCCUAUCGGGAGCCUUUACAUCCACCAUUCGUCGCCAAAACCGAGACCAAGCUGAGGAGCUCUCUGGUAAAAUUGCCCGGGGUACCAUACAAGAAGGAACUCUUUGCGGGAUGUUACGGCCCAGCAGAGUCUAGUGACGAUGAUUCUUCAGCACUACUGGACGAGAAUUGGACGGAAACCUACCUGUCACCUAAAACUGCAUCUUCCUUUUCUAAAAUCCUUCCCACUUACUCAAUCGAUUGCAUGUAAACGCUAC